AACAAGAAGGCACUGUUCGUCACGUCACCACCAUUAUCUCCCUUGUGUUCCGCUGUAGUGGCUUGGCUAUCAGGUUGGGUUGCGAAGUAGACCAACAGACGCAUCUUCCGACUGUGAUAGCUGGGGCAUCUGGGCACGGUAGGGAUGUAACGAGCACCAUAGCAGGCGCUAAGAGGCCGAGAGAGCGAGAGAGCUCGAGACAGAGAGAGAGUGCGAGACAGAGCGGUACGAGAGAAAGCCAGCACCUUUUGCUGUAGCCUGUCGCAGGCACACCCGUUGGGUCGGACAUAGCUGGCGUCCAUGCUGCGUCGCUUAAACGAUUCCAUCGCACUGAGAAUCGACUACAAGCUUAGUUUUGAAGCGCCUCACAAAUCGAAUGAAAACUUCGUCUGAAGACUGCGCCGUAUGAGAUACUGCAUCGUACGGCGACUCCGAGCUACUCAAAAUGCUCGAGAUAAAGACGCGUCACCAUUCGAAAGGUUGAUUGACAGCGGCCGUUCGAUAGGAGCGACCUAGCGCCCAUGCCGCAUCGUCUAAACAAGAUUGCUGCAUCUCGAGGCGUCUACUAAAACGCCUCGAGAGUGGUAUUGUAUGAUUGCUUUAACUCGCGGCGCCUCACAAUGCUCCGCAUCUCGACCGGCGCUGACAACGGCAAUAGCGGCGCAGGAUCCCCCCCCACAGAAGUCGCGGAAGACGGCGUCGUUCUCCCCGCCGCGCGCCCGUCCCCUUUGUCUCCCACGCCUUCUCUCUCCCCCACGCCUUCCCCCUUUUCCCCCCAACCCUCCCCGCUCUCCCCCACGCACUCCCUAUUUUCCCCCUACCCCUCCCCUUUCUCCCCCACGCCUCCGCCGUUCUCCCCGUCAUCCGCCUCCGCGCAAAUCAGCCGGCGUAGGCUGCACCUGAGCUACGACUUCGACGGAGAGAGCAGCAGCGGGGGGGAGGGCGGGGCAGGCGGAAGCGGAAGCGGAAACGGGAGCAGGCGCAGGGUGCGCCAGGGGCACCGCAGCUUCUCCCUCCGCUCCGGAGUGCUCUCCCCCCCCGAUGCCUCCCCCUUAGGCUCCCCCGCCGCCAGGCCCGCCAGUCCCCUGGGCAGUCCGAGCAGGAGCGCGCUUGGGGGGGAAAGCGCGCUUGGCGGGGGCGGAGGCUGGGGGGGAAGCCCCGCGGGAUUGGCGCUUAGACCCUUGAAGCUGGGGAGGGGGAAAAGUGGUGAUGCGCGGCGUGGAAGGGAGGAGGGCGAGGGGAGCAGUGGUGAGGGGGAGGGGGACAAUACGGCGGACAAUGGCAAGAAGGAGUUCGCUUUCAGGACAGAGGGCGCUGGCGAAGGGGAGGUAGCGAGAGGUAGGGCGAUACCGGAUGGUGAUUAUGAAUCGAAUAUUGAGGAUUCCAGUAGCGAGGAUAGUGAAAAUGAGGAGGCCAGUAGCAAUGAUAGUGGCAGUGAGCAAGCCAAUAGCGAGGAUAAUGGGAACGAGGAAGCUCAUAGCGAUGGUAGGGAGCAUGGGAAAGCCAAUGGCGAGGACACUGGGAGUGAGGAAGCUAGUACCGAGGACAGUGAGAGUGACAAGUCUAGUAUGAAGGACAGUGAAAGAGAGGAGGGGAGAAAUGAGGAGAGUGAGAGUGAGAGUGAUAGUGAUAGUGCUAGUGAGAGUGAAAGUGAAAUUGGGAGUGAUGAGUCUGAUGAGAGUGUGGCUAAAGAGCAAGAUGGGGGGAGUGAGGAGUGGGGAGAGAGUGAGAGCGACAUGGAUGAGGAUGCCAGUGAGGGGCUUGGAGGCCUGAAGGCUGGGGCGGAGCGGGGUGUGGGAGAGCAGGGUGGGGGGGAGCGGGGAGUGGGGGAACAGGCUGGGGAUGAUUGCGUGGAGGCAGACUGCGUGGAACAUUCGUUGGCACCCGGUGCAAUGCAGGCGAGCAGAGAGGGAGGGGACAGCGAGACACAGGAGGACGAGGGAGGCGAGGUGAGGCAGGAGGACGAGGAGGAAUGGGAGGAGAGGGAGAAGGAAAAGGAUGCCGAUGAGGAAAGCGAGGAGGAGGCAAGGAGGACCCAACAGGAGGAAGCGGAGAAGGGUGAGGGGGGAAUGGUGGAAGAGGAGGAACAAAGGGAAAGAGGAAAGGAGGUGCACGCGGUUUGGGAGGCAGCUCAAGACUCUGCUGGUGGUGCUGGUGCUGGUGCUGCUGGUGAUGAUUUCGGUGGUGAUGGUGGUGGUGAAGAGAGAGGAGACUCUAGGACAAGCCUGGAUGAGAGCAGCAGGACAGGGAGAAGCAGUGAGAGCGAGGGGGGCGAUGAGGGAGAGGAGAAAUUUGAGGAGGGAAGGAGGGAGAGCGUGGAGGGAGAGGAGAAGCAUGAGGAGGAAAGCAGUGAGAGUGAGGAGGAGGAGCAGCGGGUAGAGCGUGGAAUGGAAGAGCCGUUGGGUGGCGUUGAAGCGGCAGCUCCAGCUGGAUCCGUGGCUGCUGUGGGUGGCGUUGGGCAGGGGCAGAGUGAGGGGAGUGAGAGCGAGAGUGAGGAGGGAGAGGAAGAGCGGGUGGAGAGUGAGAGUGAGAUCGAGAGUGAGAGUGAGAGUGAGAGUGAGAGUGAGUUCGAGAGUGUAAGUGAAAGUGAGAGCGAGGGGGAGAGUGCGGAGGGAGAGGAAGGGCAGGUGAAGUGUGACAUGGACGGGCCCUUGAAUGGUGUUGAAGCAGCAGCACCAGCUGGAUUGGUGGUUGCUGAGGGUGGUGUGGGGCAGGGAAAGAAUGAGGGGAGUGAGCGUGAGAGUGAGAGUGAGAGUGAGAGUGGGAGUGGGAGUGAGAGUGAGAGUGAGAGUGGGAGUGAGGACGAGGAGGGAGAGGAAGGAGGGGUGGAGCAUGAAAGCGAGGUGCCCUUGGGUGGUGUUGAAGCUGCAGCACCAGCUAGACCGGUGGCUACUGUGGGUGGUGUGGGACAGGAGCAGGGUGAGGGGGGUGAGAGUGAGAGCGAGGAGCGAGAGGAAGGGCGGGUGGAGGGUGAGAAUGAGAGUGAGAGCGAUGAGGGAGGGGAAGGGCAGGGGCCCUCGGAUGGUGUUGAAGCGCCAGCGCCAGCUACACCAGUGGCUGCUGUGGGUGGUGUGGGUCAGGGGAAGAGUGAGGGGAGUGAGAGUGAGAGCGAGAGUGAGACUGAGAGCGAGAGUGAGAGCGAGAGUGAGAGUGAGAGUGAGAGCGAGAGUGAGAGUGGGAGUGAGAGUGAUUUUGAGAGUGAGGAGGGAGACGAAGGGCAGGUAGAGUUUGAAAGGGAGCAACCCUUGGAUGGUGUUGAAGCAGCAGCCGCACCUAUGCCAGUGGGUGCUGUGGGUGGCGUGGAGCAGGGAGCGACUGAAGGGAGUGAGAGCGAGAGUGAGAGUGAGGAGGGAGACGAAGGGCAGGUGGAGCAUGGAAGCGAGGGGCCCUUGGGCGUUGUUGAAACGGUAGCACCAGCUACACCGGUGGCUGCUGCGGGUGGUGUCGGGCAGGGGCAGAGCAAGGGAAGUGAGAGUGAGAGUGAGAGUGAGGAGGGAGAGGAAGGGCGGGCGGAGAGUGUGAGUGAGAGCGAGAGGGAGAGUGAGGAGGAGGGGGUGGAGCAUGAAAGCGAGGGGCCGUUGGGCGCUGUUGAAACGACAGCGCCAGCUACACUGGUGGCUGCUGUGGGUGGUGUGGGGCAGGGGCAGAGUGAGGGGAGUGAGAGUGAGAGUGAGAGUGAGAUUGAGAGCGCGAGUGAUGAGGGUAAGAUCGAGGAGAGUAAGGCUGGGAGGAGUGAGGUGGGUGAAAGUGAGGAGAGUGAGAUUGAGAUUGAGAGUGAAAGUGAGAGCGCGAGCGCGAGUGAGGGGGGUGGAGAUGGGCGAGAGGAGGCAGGGCAGGUGAUUGAACGGGAGAAGGAGGGUGGAAGCGACAACGGGAGAUGGAGUGAGACUGACAGUGGGAGUGAGAUUGGGAGUGAGAGAGAGGAAGGACAGGAAAGGAGGCUGGCUGACACGGGGAAAGGCAGAGAUGACGGUCAUAAUUCUCCAACUGCUCCUUCGGCUGCCGUUGCUGUUCCUGAUUCACCUGCUGCUGGCGCUACUAUCUCUGCUGCUGUCGCUGCUGCUGCUGCCAAUUCUGGUGCUGGGUCUGGUGGUGGUGGUGUAUCUGGUGCUUGUGACGAUUUGGAAUUGGAACAAAUAGCCGAUAAGAAGAGCGCGCGGCGCAGCGAGGAGGACUGGACGUGCGGGGAUGGUGGCCCCACGGGGCUAGAGGAUACUGAAGCUAGCGCUCAUGCCGCCAACGAAGCUGGAGUAUCAGGCAGCGCAGCUGUUCUGGAGGUGCUGAGUCCUGUGUUUUCUGGAGAGCCGGGCAGAGGUGCCCUUCUGACGCCAUGGGGCGAGGGUGACAGCAGCAGGGGUGCCUCUGGUGGAUCCCCUCCUUUGAAUGCUCUUGGCGCUGCUGGUGCAGUGGAUGCAGGGAGUGAGGCAUGUGGGGUGAGUGAGAAAGAGAGGCACACUGCGCAUGAGGGAGAGGGGCGCAUGGUUGUGGAGGGAGGAGGAGGUGCAGUGCAGGACAUGUUUGAGGAGGGGGAGCUUACUGGGCUGGGGGUAGAGAAGGGGAGCGGGCCCGUAGAGAGGGAUGCAGCGCGGGCGGCAGAGCAGGACAUGUUUGUGCAGGAGGAGCUGGCUGCGCUGGGGGUGGCGGAGGGGAGUGGGCUGGUAGAGGAAGAGGGACGGGGGACGACAGUGGAGAGUGAAGGAGUGAGGGAGGUUGCGAGCGAGGGGGAGGCGGAUGUGGGAAGUGAGGGAGCGCGGGCUGCGGUGCAGGAUAUGCCAGUAGAGAGGGAGGCAGGGAGGGCGGCGAUUGAGAGUGAGGGAGAGAAGAAGGCAGUGCAGGACAUGUUUGUUGCGGCGGAGCUUGCUGGGCUGGGGCUGGAGGUAGGAGAACGACAAAUGCAGAGUGAGGGAGAGAGGAUGCCAGUGCAGAGUGAUAACGUGAGGGUGGCAGUGCAGGACAUGUUUGUGGAGGCAGAGCUUGCUGAGCUAGGCGUGGAUGGGGAAGGCGUGGAGAAAGAGUGUGACGACGGGGUGGGGGGGUCAGAUAAAGCGGUGGGGAUGGAGGGGCUUUCAAGUGGACUGCAGUUAGCACCCUCUGCCUCCGUUGCUGCCACUGCCGCGGCCUCUUCCUCUGCCUCAUCUUCGCCCUCUGCCCUGCCCACUCUGGGCAGCUUUCACAUCCCCCGCAUCCCCCACGUCGCCCAGAGCCCCACCAGCGGUCUCUGUCCCCGCAGUCCCACCACCCCCACCAGCGGGGUGAGUCCGAACGCGCGGCAGCGCAUGCAGCGGGCAUCGCAGAAGCUGCGGUUCCUCACCUACCUGCGGGCUCAGGUGCGAGAGAGAGCGCAUGGUGAGGCUGAUGGGGCGCAGGUGAGAGCGAGAGAAGCUGCUGGGGAGGAGGGCACGCAGCUGAGAGGCAGAGCGGAUGCUGAGGCUGGCGGAACUCAGCUUAGGGACAGGGCGGAUGUCGUAGAGCGGGGCGCGCAGCCGAGAGACAGGGCGGAUGCUGAGGCCAAUGGGACGCAGGUCAGCGGCAGGGGAGCUGCUGUGGCAGAGCACUAUCAGCUGAGCGGCAUAUCGGAUGCUGAGGCUGAUGGCAUGCAGGUCAGAGACACAGACGCUGUUGAUGCAGAGCGCUCUCAGCUGAGCGACACCACGCAUGCUCAGGCUGACGAGACGCCGCUCAGAGGCAGAGAGGCUGGUGAUGCUGAUGAGACUCAGCGUACCGACAGUUGGGGUGCCGAGGAGGAGCGCAUGCGCAUUGCAGGCGCACCGGGUGCUGAGGAGGAGCGCACUCACGUUCAAGAGAGAGUGGAUGCUGCGGAACGACACUCUCGCCUUGGGGACAUAGCGGGUGUCAGGGAGGAGAGGUUGGGGUCCGAGGAGGCACGAGGUGGUGAGGAAGAGGCGGGAGGAGACACUCAGCUUAGAGACAAGGCGAGUAGUGAGGAGAGCACGCGUGUUGACAGUACACUGGGUGUUGAGGAGGGGCGCAUGAGUUUUGACCACACACCAGGUGGUGAGGAGGAGGCAGGGGGAAGAGACACUCACCUUCGGGACAAGACGGAUUUGGGGGAGGGGGAUAUGGGAGAGGAGGUGGGGGCGGAGGAAGGGGAAGGGGGAGAGGAGAGAGAGAGUAAAGAGACGGUAGGGGGAGAGAGGCGGGAGAGUGAAGAGGGAGGGGGCGAGGGAGAAAGGGAGGAGAGAGGCGAGGGGAGCGAGGAGGGAGAAGUUGGGGAGAGUAAGGAGGAGGGCGAAUUGGGAGAGUGGGAUGGGAGUGAAGUGAGGGGAGAGGAGGAAGAGGUGAGGGAGAGUGAAGAGGAGAGUGAAGAGGAGAGUGAAGAGGAGAGUGAAGAGGAGAGUGAAGUGGGAGAGGAGAGGGAGUGUGAAGAGGGAGAGGAGAGGGAGAGUGAAGAGGGAGAGGAGAGGGAGAGUGAAGUGAGGGAGGAGGAGGGAGAUGGUGGGAAGAGUAAGGAGGAAGAAGGGGGGCGGCAUGAGGAGGAGAGGUGGAGGGGUGGUGAGGUAGGGAAGGAUGCUGGUGCGUGGGACAGGGGAGAGGAGGAGGGGGAUGAGAAGCAUGUGGCACAGGAAGCAAGAGGGAGUGAGAGGCAGCGGUUGCUACACACAGAGGGAGGGAGUGAGAAGCAGGUGGUAGAGGAGGGAGGGAGUGAGAAGCAGGUGGUAGAGGAGGGAGGGCUUCUAGAGGAUGGCACGAGGCACAGCACACGCAGGAACAAGGGCGAGUCAGCAGGCACGGAAGAGAUGGAGCAUACCUCUGCAGGCAGGCUCGCUUUUGAGUCGACUGAUGAGCACAGCUCUACAGUCGAGGCGAUUGGCAGUAGACAAGGGGCAGAGGGAAGGGAAGGAGAGGAGGGGGUUGCUGAGAGAGCAGGUGAUGCUGACUCCAGUCUUAUCACUGCCCGACCAGCUGCUCCUUCUUCUUCUUCUUCUUCUUCUUCUUCUGCUGCUGCUGAUGCUGAUGCUGCUGCUGCUGCUGAUGCUGCUGCUGCUGCUGCUGCUGAUGCUGAUGCUGCUGCUGCUGCUGCUGCUGCUGCUGCUGCUGCUGCUGCUGCUGAUGCUGAUGCUACUGCUGCUGCUGCUGCUGCUGCUGCUGCUGCUGCUGCUGCUGAUGCUGAUGCUGCUGAUGCUGCUGCUGCUGCUGCUGCUGCUGCUGCUGCUGAUGCUGAUGCUGCUGCUGAUGUCAGGGCUGCUGCCGCUGGUGUGGCUGGGAUGAAUGCCGACUCGCCCACAUUCAGUCCGGAUUCGCCCACAUUUGGUGCCAGCCUUAUCAGUGCUGCUGCUGCUGCUGCUGAUGCUGAUGCGGAUGCUGAUGCUGCUGAUGAUGCUGAUUCUGAUUCUGAUGGUGCUGAUUCUGAUUCUGAUGAUGCUGAUGUUGCUGUUGCUGCUGCUGUUGCUGGUGCGGGUGGGACGAGCGCUGACUCCCCUUCAUUCAGUCCGGAUUCUCCCACAUUUGGAGUCACUGCUACCAGCCUUGUCAGUGCUGCACCCGCCGCCGCUGCCGCUGCUGCUGCUGCUGCUGUAGCUGCUGGUGUGGGUAGUUCGAGCACUGACUCUCCCACUUUCAGUCCGGAUUCUCCCACAUUUGGAGUCACUGGUACCAGCCUUGUCAGUGCAGCACCCACAGCUGCUGAUGCUGCUGCUGCCUCUGCUGCGGCGGAUGCUGCUGGAGUGGGUGGGUCGAGCGCUGAGUCCCCCACUUUCAUUCCGGAUUCUCCCACCUUUGGAGUUACCGACGCCACCAGCAUCACGGCUGCACCAGCUUCUGCUGCUGGUGGAGUGAGUGGCACGAGCGCUGACUCCCCCACAUUUUUUCCGGGUUCUCCCACCUUUGGAGUCACUGGCACCAGCAGCAUAACCGCUGCGCCGGUUUCUGCUGGUGGUGGAGCGAGUGGGGCGAGCAGCGAGGGCAGCAGCAACAGCAGCGGCUGGGGACGAGUGUCUGCCGCCACAGGCGCAGUGGAUGCCUUUCCGCCGCCCACUGUGGAUUUCUGGUCGGCUGAAGCUGAUGCCGGCACCGACGGUGAUGCUCUCAGCGAUACGGAUAAUGACACUCACAGUGAUGCCAAUCGUGACGCUCACAGGGAUGCCAAUUGUGACACUCACAGUGAUCUCGACGCGCCUGGCAGUGGUGCUGCUGGGGGGGAGGCGCAAGCAGGAGAGACACGGCAGGAGGCACGGCAGGGGGAGCAGAAUGGCGAGCAGAGGGCGGAUGGGGGCUCAGGCGCUUCAACUCCAGCCAGCUCGCACCCAGUAUCACCAGCAGCACCGCUACCAUCACACACCACCGCCUCGCUGGCGUCUCUCUUUGACCGCCACAUGGAGGAGCGACAGCAAGCCGGCGACCCACCUGUCCCUGCCAUGCUUUUACAGGCGCCUCAGAAUGCUGCUCUCUUCGACGGGCAGCUGGAGGAGUGCGGGGAGGCAGGGGACCUACCGGCCAUCGCCAUUUCAUCUCCUUCCUCCUCCUCCGCCUCCGCCUCUCCUUCGCCGUCGCCGCACCCGAUACCCGUGGCACGGCUGUGGUCCGCUCAGUCAGAAACAGCUGGAGCGGCGACAGCAUUGCCAGCAGCAGCGGUUCCAGCAGCAGCAGAAGCGCCAGCAGCAGACAUACCAGCAACAGCAGUACCCGCAGCAGCUGCCGCUACACCUUCUACUUCUGCCUCAGCUGCUUCUACCUCUCCAUCUCCCCCCUCUACCAGUGCUGAGCCCAGCUUCCCCCCAUCCAUGCCUCGCCCCUUCCCUCCCUCCAGCCCCCGCUUCCGACCUUCCUCUCCCUCCCUCCCCCGCCCCUCCUCCCCCUCGUUUCCCCACCCCCCACUCUCCCCAUCUCCCUCCUCCCGCCCAUCCAACCUUCGCACUCUGUCUCGCCGCCGCCCGCCUUCCCCCCCACUCCCCUCCCCCUCCGCCCGCCCACACGCCCUCCGCCCCCUCACAGUGGCCGCUGCUGCCUCUGAAGGCUCCUCCUACUCCCCCCGCGCCUUCCCCCUCCUCUCCCCCCCAGCCUCCCCUCGAACCCGCUCCGCCUUCUCCCCUUCCUCUUCCCCUCCUUGCUCUCCCUCCCCCUCCACCGCUCCUCCUGCCUCUCAAACCUUCUCACUCCCUUCGUUUCUGUCCGACCGCUACCUGCCCUCUCCCUCCUCCUCCUCCUCCUCUGCUGCGGAUUCAGAGCCCCCUUCCACUGCCCCGCCACCGCUGCUUGUAUUGGACUCGCCUCCUACCUUGGCCACAGCAAAUGGUUCAGGAACAUCCUCAGGUGAUUUUUCAAGUGGAUCUUCAGGUGGAUCUUCAGGCGGAUCUUCCUCUUCAGCGCUGCGACCUGUGCCCCCUCCGCUCCCUGUGCUGGAGCCUCAGCAGCCAGCGUCCUUUGCCCGCCCUCUGCCUCUGCCACUCUCCCCCCCGUCGCCUGCUCAGCCUGACAACCAAGCGGCACUCACGAGCAGCGAUGGCACGGCAAGCAGCAGCAGCACGGAACCACCCCUGUCAUUGUUCUCUUCUGACCAAAAGCCUGGGGAUGAGCCAGCAUUAGUAACAGCAAGAACAACAGCAACAGCAGCAGCAGCAACAGCAGCAGCAACAGCAACAGCAGCAGCAACAGCAGCAGCAGCAGCAGCAGCAGCAGCAGCAGCAGCAGCAGCAGCAGGAAGCAGCGGCAACAGUCAUACCACUGAGAGCAUGCAGUUGCCUCCACUCUCUGAGGUGUCACCAUCCAGCCACACUGACCCUGUUUACCCCACUGACUCCGUUGUCCCUGUUGACCACGUUGACCCUGUUGACCGCGUUGACCCUGCUGCGGACCUACUGUUGCCUGCUAUGCACGCCUCUGAGCCUGCUGGCAUGGGGAAAGGGAGUGUUGGAAGAGGGGAAGAGGUGGCAUUGCCUGCGGCAGCUGCUGCUGAUGGCUCAGAGGCAGUGGCAGGGGCAGCAGUGGCAGGGGCAGCAGUGGUAAGUGCAGCAGGUACAGGAGAAGGGGGUGCUGAAAUGGGGGGUGAGCCAGCACUGCCUGUUGCAUCUGUUGCUGCUGCUGCUGCUGCUGCUGCCAGCACGGUGGCAGUGGCAGCGGCAGCAGGGUGUGCUGCUGCAGUGGUGGGUGGUGGCAGCAGCAGGCCUGACAGGCAGGUAGGUGGUGCUGGCAAUGUUCAAGGGGUAGAAGAAGGCAGUGGCAGCAGCAGUGGCAUUGGUGUGGAGCAAGCGGAUGUGCUGAUGGUGGUGGAUGAGGAGGGGAGAUGGGGAGGAGUGGAGGGUGGGGAAGAGGAGAGUGAGGAAGACAAGCCAGGGAAGGCACCUGCCACUGGAACAACGGCAGAGCCUGUUGCCACUGUACCAGCGGCAGAGCAACUUGACACCGCAGCAGCGCCACUCGUGGAAACUGCAGCAGCAGCAGCAGCGACAGCCGCAGUCAGCAAUGCAGGGGGUGAUGGCAGCAUGGGGGCUGGCAGUGAGCCUAGCAGCAGUAGUGAGCCUGAGCUGACGUUUAGCACUACUGUCCCGACAGGCAGCAGCAGAACCAGCAGCAGCAGCGCAAGUGAGGACGCAGGUGUCGCGAGCAGCGCCUCGUCAUCUGUCCCUGCAGGCCCAACCCCCCAUGUGCCUCUGUAUCGCCCCAAGGCCCCUCCCCCCCUCCCACUCUCCCCUCGCCCUCUCUCUCCCCUCCGUUCCAAGCAGUAUCUUGCCCUUUACUCCUCCCCUCCCAUGUCUCCCGACCUGAAGAAGCAGCAGCAACAGCAGGCCGCUGGCAGAGUGGCCUCCCCCCCUCUCGCUCCCCGCCCCCUCUCUCCCCUCCGUUCCAAACAGUAUCUCGCGUUGUACUCCUCACCUCCCAUGUCUCCGGACCUCCACAAGCAGCAGCGGCAGCAAACGGAGCAGCAGCAGCAGGUGGCUAGGCGAGUGGCCUCUCCUCCUCUCUCCCCCCAGCAGCAGUCGGUUCGCUCGCCCUCGCCUCCCCUCUCCCCCCAGCAAACCCCUGGCAUGCUUCGAUCCCUCUCCCCCCACCGCCACCGCUUUGCCUUCUCAGCGGCCUCAGCAAUUGAUGCUGCUACAAACACUGCUGCUGCCAUUGCUUCUCCGGCGGCUCCCACCACGGUUGUCACAGGUGCUGUCAUGGGCAGUAUUGCUGCGAGCCCUGGUGCACCAGGGUUUGCGUUUGGUGAUGCUGUUGCUUGUAAUGAUGCUGCUGCUGCUGCUGCUGGCGAUGCUGUUGCUUCUGGUGAUGCUGCUGCUGCUGGUGAUGCUGAUGCUUCUGGUGAUGCUACUCUUGAGGCUGCUUCAAGUGGUGGUGGUAGUGUAGCGGUUGCAGGAGCAGUGGGAGGCGAGGGGGCAGAAGAAGAGGAAUGUAGAGCUGAGAUGGGUGGAGGUUUGCAAUCCAGGCCAAGGGAAGAUGCAAGGGGGGGAUCAGCACAAGGCGACGUUGCAGCAACUGCAGUUGCAGCAAUAGCAGACAGGGAGGUUGGAGGCAAGGCAGCGAGACCAGAUGGGUGUGACGUGGCAGAAUGUACUGCUCCAGGUGCUGCCUCUGAUGACAUCAGCAGGCCUACCCGUGACGUGGCAGGCAUGGAAGGGCCACCAGCAUCAAAUGCAGAGGAGGAAGGGGAGGAGGAAGAGGAGGAGGAAGAGGAGGAGGAAGAGCAGGAAGAGGAGGAGGAAGAGGAGGAAGAAGAGGAGGAAGAGGAGGAGGAAGAGGAGGAGGAAGAGGAGGAGGAGGAGAAGAAAGGAAAGGAGUCUGUUAAUGGGAAGGUAGUGCACUGCGAGGCUGCUAGAGCCUCACCGUUCCCAGUCAAUAGUGCUGCUUCAACCGCCACACACACCAGCAUGGGUGCCUCACCUCCUGCUGAUUCUGACUCGACCCAACAACAAACUCCCCCUGAUGCCGCUGCCGCUGCUGGGGCCACUACUGCGGCUGCAGGUGCGGCUGAAAUUUCCCCGGCUUUCCAGCGAAGUGGCAGCCUGGAAACGCCCGUGCCCAUGGCAUGGCCCCUCCCACCUCCUCUGUCCAGCCACGACGGCAACAGCUUUGUUGAUGCGCACAGUGGCAGUGGCGGUGCCAGCGACGACACCCACCGAGGGGCGGACCAGGAGACAGCAGCAGCAGCAGCAGCUGUUGGCGUGAAGGGCGGCAGGGUGAAGGGCCUGGCAUCCAUGUUUGAUGAGAGGGUUGCCACCAAGACCCAGCCUGCUCCUUUUAUCUGCACCACCAGCACCACUUUUCCCCAGCCACGUGUGCGACCAUCCUCACAAGCUUCCUCCCACCCACUGUCCCACACCUCCCCAGAAUUCUCCCCAAUAUCCUCUGCCCACGUCUCCCUUCAAUCUUCCCCUGAGCCUUCUUCCCCCAAGCCAUCUUCCCCCAAGCCAUCUUCCCCCAAGGCAACCUCCCCCAAGGCGAGCCCCCAGCAGCAGCAGCAGUCUGUGUGGUCGUCCCUGCUCUCCAUGGCAUGGCGCCCCUCGUGGAGCUCUCCGCAGCGUGCUGCUCCUGUUGACUCCUCCCAGCCAGGCACUGCUGCUGCUGCUGCUUCUGCCACGAUUGCUGCUGCGACAAUCUGCGCUGCCACAACUGCUGCUGCUGCCGCUGCUUCUGAUGCUGCUGCUGCUUCUGAAGCUGCCGUUGAUUCUGAAGCUGCCGUUGCUUCUGAAGCUGCCGCUGCUACUGAUGCUGCCGCUGCUUCUGAUGCUGCCGCUGCUUCUGAAGCUGGCAGUGCUGAGAGGGCAGGUGAGGUCUGCAGCACGGCGGCAGCUGCUGCUGCAGAGGGUGGUGAAGACAGAGGGAGAGCGGGUGACCAUGUGGUUGGGGAGGGCAAUGCUGGUGACGGUGGGUCGGUGGAGCAUGACAGCGGUGCUGGUAGUGAUGCUGAGCCGAGGGGCGCUCAGAGUGAGGGGGGGAGUGGGGAUGUGAGUGGAGGAGUGAGUGAGGGUGAGGUUGCGGUUGUAAAUAAAGGUGAGGGUGAUAGUGGGAGUGAGGGAGAGAGUGAGGGUGAGGGUGAAUGUGAGGGUGGGAGUGGAGGAGAGACGACUGCUGCAGUGCUGACAGGGCCUGAGCCCGAGGGUGAGAGGGAGGUUGUAAGUGAAGGGGAGUGGGAGGGCGAGAGUGAGGUUGAGAGUGAGGGUGAGAGUGAGGGUGAGGGUGAGGGUGAGAGUGAGGGUGAGAGUGAGGGUGAGAGUGAGGGUGAGAAUGAGGGUGAGGGUGAGGGUGAGAGUGAGGGUGAGGGUGAGAGUGGGAAUGGCAUUGUCAGUUAUGUUAGGAUGGUUCGGUUUGACAGCUGUGCUCAAAGUUUCGGUCAGAGUGAGAGUGAGAGCGGGGAUGUGAGUGGAGGAGUGAGUGAGUGUGAGGUUGUGAAUGAAGAUGAGAGUGAGGGUGAGAGUGGGGAACUGAGUGAGGGUGAGGGCGAAUGUGAGGGUGGGAGUGGAGGUGAGACGACUGCUGCGGUGCGGGCAGGGCCUGAGCCCGAGGGUGAGGGGGAGGUUGUAAGUGAGGAUGAGUGGAAGGGUGAGAGUGAGGUUGAGAGUGAGGGUGAGAGUGAGGGUGAGGGUGAGAGUGAGGGUGAGGGUGAGAUUGAGGGUGAGGGUGAGAGUGAGGGUGAGGGUGAGAGUGACGGUGAGGGUGAGAGUGGGAAUGGCAUUGUCAGUUAUGUUAGGAUGGUUCGGUUUGACAGCUGUGCUCAAAGUUUCGGUCAGAGUGAGAGUGAGAGCGGGGAUGUGAGUGGAGGAGUGAGUGAGUGUGAGGUUGUGAAUGAAGAUGAGAGUGAGGGUGAGAGUGGGGAACUGAGUGAGGGUGAGGGCGAAUGUGAGGGUGGGAGUGGAGGUGAGACGACUGCUGCGGUGCGGGCAGGGCCUGAGCCCGAGGGUGAGGGGGAGGUUGUAAGUGAGGAUGAGUGGAAGGGUGAGAGUGAGGUUGAGAGUGAGGGUGAGGGUGAGAGUGAGGGUGAGGGUGAGAUUGAGGGUGAGGGUGAGAGUGAGGGUGAGGGUGAGAGUGACGGUGAGGGUGAGAGUGGGAAUGGCAUUGUCAGUUACAGUAGGAUGGUUCGGUUUGACAGCUGUGCUCAAAGUUUCGCCCGGAGUGAGAGUGAGAGUGUGGAUGUGAGUGGAGGAGUGAGUGAGUGUGAGGUUGUGAAUGAAGAUGAGAGUGAGGGUGAGAGUGGGGAACUGAGUGAGGGUGAGGGCGAAUGUGAGGGUGAAAGUGAGGGUGGGAGUGGAGGUGAGACGACUGCUGCGGUGCGGGCAGGGCCCGAACCCGAGGGUGAGGGGGAGGUUGAGAGUGGGGAUGAGGGUGGGAAUGACUGUGAGAGUGACGGAGAGAGUGAGGGAGAGCGUGAGGAUGGGAGAGGAGGAGAGCGCACUCCUGCAGUGCGGACGGGGUCAGAACCCCAGGGUGAGAGUGAGCCUGAGAGUGGGGAUGCGGUGAAGGUUGUAAGUGAGGGUGAUAGGGAGGCUGAGAGCGUUGGUAAGAGUACACUCAAGGGGGAAGGUGUGAGUGAGUAUGAAAGUGAGGGUGAGGGUGAGGGUGACUUGAAGGCUGAAAAUGAGGCUGAGGGGGAGGCUGACAGUGGAAGUGCGAGUCAAGGUGCAGGGGAGAUUGUGAGUGGGUAUGAAAGUGAGGGUGAGGGGGAGUUUGAGAGUGAGUAUGAGAGUGGAAGGGAGAGUGAGGCUGCGAGUGAGGGUGUCAGUGGAGGAGAGAGGGCUGCUGCAGAGCAGGCAGAGUCUGAAGCGGAGGAGCACAGCACAUGCAGUGCCACGCAAGGGGAUGAAGGAGAACGGCAGCAGCGGUUGGAGGGAGCGGGUGCAGCAGACGUGUGUGCCCAGCUGGUGCGGGGAGCCGAUGGGAGUGGAGGAGAGGGGACUGCUGCUGCAGGGCGGACAGGGCCUGAAGCCGAGGAGCUCAACGUGCCCCGCGGGGAGGAUGACCCACGAGGGGGAGUGGGUGCGGCGGACGUGUGUGCCCAGCUGGUGCUGCGUGCUGGUGGGAGCGUGGAGGAAAGGGAGAGAAAGGAGAGUUUGGAGAGGAGGGUGGAAGCGGAUGCAGAGGCAGAGGCAGGGAGCGAGGAGGCUCCAGUGACUGAUUCAGAAGAGGAAAUGGCAGAGAAAGCAGAGAGCUUGGGUGAACAUGAGGCGAGGGAAGAGGGGCAGGAGGGAGGCGAUGGGGCAGCGGUUGCGGCUGCUGCUGUGCCCUUGCGGGAAGAUGCACGGAAGGUGCUGGAGGUUCCGGAGGUUUUUCUGAGUGGGAGAGCUGAGGAGGGGAGAGAGGGGAGGAGUGAAAGGGAGAGGAGGGAUGAAGGAAAGGGGAGGAGUGAUGGGGAGGGGAGGGAAGAAGGGGAGGGGAGAGAAGGAGGAGAGGGACUGGUUGUAGUGGUGGGAGGGGAAGAAAGGGGAGAUGAGGCGGUAGGGAAGGAGGAGGUGGAGGGGUUAGCAGUGGGGAGUGAGAAGGGGGAGAGUGGGGAUGGUGUGAGGGAGGAGGAAGAUGAGGAUGACAGUGGGGGGAGUGAUGAAGGCGGCGAAUAUGAGGGGGGGGAGUGUGGUGGGCGAGAGGAUGGGGAAGAAGAGGGGGAGUGCGUGUCUGAGGAAGGAAGCACGGGUGAUGUGGAUGGUGAUAUGGAUGGUGAUGUGGAUGGUGAUGUGGUUGGUGACGUGGAUGGUGAUGUGGAGGGUGACGUGGAGCUGGACGUGGGUCAGCUACAGCGCGAUAUCGAGGCAGUUCUUAAGGAGGCGUUCAAGCUGAGGGGCAACGGGUCGGAUGGGGUGUGGCGUGUGACUGUAGUGCGAGAUGGCAGCAAGGAGGGGAGCGUGGUGGAGGAAGAGGAGGACGAGGAGGAGGAGGAGGAGGAGGAGGAGGAGGAGGAAGAGGAAACAGAAGAGGAGGAAGGGGAAGCGAGUGGGGAGGAUGGAGAGUGCGUGGAGGACCAGGCAGGAUCAUGUGAAUCAGCAGAGGCGUCAGCCACAGGGCCUGCCGCAGCCAUCUUGGCAGCAGGUGUGGCUAACGGAAUGCCGGUAGUGCACGCAGCAGGUGCGGCAGUGGCAGGGCGAGUGGGAGUGGAGGAGGGGAGUGAGAGCGAGGAAUUCGUGGAUGCACAGGGGGGGUCAGACGGAUCAGGGGCAUCAGAGGGGUCUGAUGGACGUGGAGAGGUGGGGGAGAGAGAGGAGGAGGAUGAGAGUGGAGUGGGCGAGGAGGCACGGGGCGAGGACGGGGAGCAGCAGCACCGCUCCAGCGUGCAUGGCCCACCUCCUUCCAUGCCACCUGGCCCAGCAGUUGCUGCUGCUGCCACUACUGCCCCUCCUGCUGCCCUGCCAGUUGUCGCUGCCGCCCCUCCUGCUGCUGCUGCCCCCAUUGCCAGCAGCGGUUCUGUGGCCGACAUUCCCACAGCUCGUGACGCCGCCUCCGCUGCACCUCUCCCCGCUCCUUCUUCCCCUCCCAGCCUCCCCCCUCCUCCCACUGACACCCCUGUCCCCGCUGCCUCCUCCCACUCACCACCCCCAGCAACUGUAUCAUCACCACCUGCAGCAGCAGCAGCAGCAGCAGCAGAAGCAGCAGCAGCAGCAGCAGCAGCAGCAGCAGCAGCAGCAGCAGCAGCAGCAGCAGCAGCGGUUGCAGCAUGCAGUGAGUUUGCAGAGGGCUCUGGCAGUACUGGCAGCAUAGACCAUGUUGCCAGCCCUGAAAUCGCUAAAGACGUGGAGGAGACUCAAGGUGUUGAGGACACGAGGGACGUUGGCAGCAUAGUCAGGAGCAAGGAUGCGGCAGACACUGGAAACACAGUCAAUGUUGACAACAGGGGCAACAUGGACAGUAUCUACAGCACGGGCGGCAUAGAGAACAUGGAGGACGUGGAGGAUGCAGCGUCUGACAGCUCGUCGCUCUACAUGGACGCCAACAUGGACCGCUUCAGCAUCGCCUCCUCCCUGCACUCCUCCUCCUUCCGCACCACCGCCUCUUCACUUUAUGGUGACACUGCCAGCUCCAUUGCCGGCUACCAGACCCCGCCCACCUUCCCGCCCUCCCCCGCCUACUCCUUCUCCUCCGCCCCCUCCCCGUCCCGCCUCUCCCUCAUCUCCCGCGCCUCCUUCCCCUCCUCCCCUUUUCCCCCCUCCCUCUCCACGCCACAGCUCUCCCCCCCUGAUUCCCCUGCAUCCGAUGUCCUCUUUUCUGCCCGCGAGUUCUUCACCCCGCGGGCCCACUCCCCCUCCGCUGCUUCUGUGCGCUCAGACCAAGGUUUCCUCAGCGCUAGGGGGGACAGCGAUGGCUUUCACACCCCUCUCCACAGCCUGCAGGCACCCUCUCCCCGACGGAGCCUGCAGUCACCCUCUCCCCGUUACAGCCUGCAAUUUCCGUCUCCACAUCGCAGCCUGCAAUCACCCUCUCCGCGUGGCAGCCUGCGCACGUCAGCACCGCGCGACGGCUUCCACUCUCUCACUCCCCGCAGUGCUCUCCGCUCUCUCUCCCUGCAGCCCAAACGACCCUCUCAUGCCGCUGCCGAUGCUACUGGUGCCGGGAGUCAGGCGGACUUAGACAGCAGAGGCGAGAGAGGCAGUGAUUUGGGAAAUCAAGGAAGGGGAGGCGGAUUAGGAGCAGUUGAAGCAGAGGGCAGUGGGGCCGGGAGGGCCGAGUGGGGUGUGGUUGCCAGGGCGGAGCAGCAGAGCUUGGCGCAGCAGAGGCUGGGGGGAGAAGGGGCGGCGGCAGGUGAGUUGGAGGAGAGUGAGGAUAAGUACGUCGUGGCUGAGCGACCUGCUGCUGGCCACUUGCAGCGCGUGCAGCAGGAGCAGCACCAGGAGGAGCGGGAGCAGGAGCAGGAGCAGGGAGAGGAGGAGGAGGGUAAACAGGCCAUAAUGCAUCAGAGCGACAUUCCAGCUUUAUCUGAAUCCUCUUUGUCCUCGUUAGCAACUGUUCCAGCAGCAGCCUCUGCUGUCGUUCCUGUGCCUGACCCUUUCUCCUGUGACCCCGCAGCAUCUCACCCCUCUCCCCAGGAGCCUGCUGCUAGCGAUUAUGGUCCUCCUGAACCUGCUGCUGCUUCUUCUGGGGAAGACUCCAAAUGGAAGCUGCCAGGAAGGAGCCUGUUUGGUCUGUUUGCACGAGCUACGAGCACAAGUGCCAGCAGAAGUGGUGGUCGGGAAAACGAGGGUGUGGGGGAUGGGGAGGAGGGGCAGAGGGAGGGGAAAGGGGAUGUGGAUGUAAGUGUGAGGGAAAGAAGUAGCGUUGAACACGAGGAUGAGUUUGCGAGUGCUCAGGGCAUGGAAGCAGGGAGACCAGAGGAGGAUGAGCAGAGGGAGGCAGUGGAGGGGAAGGAAGGAGAUGAGGAGAGGAGGGCUGAUGGGGAGCGGGAAAAAAGAGGGGAGCACGAGGAGGCAGGGGAGGUGCGAGUGGAAGUGUCGGAAGGGGCAGACAGUGUGGGAGGGCAGGCGGAGCACCUGCCUGCUGGUGAAGCAAGUGCAUCUUCUGCAGCCGCUGCUGCUGCUGCUGCCGCUGCUGCUGCUACUCUUCCUCACCAUCCUGCUGCCACUCUCACUGCACCCCCUGCUGCCUCAUCCGGCGCCCCUGGGCCUACUGCUGCACCACAUGCACCAACACAGCAGUCAGCGCCAGCUGUGCCUUCCAGCCAGGAAGCAGCGGCGGCUGUGGGGGCCAUGGAAGGGAGCCGUGGAGGGGCAAGGGAGGACCCACGCUUCAGUGGUGCUGUGGCGGGCCAGGGGAUUGUCGCUCAGGGGUCGGGGACAUCACAGGCUGCAAAGCAAGCAGCAGAGGAGCGCUCCCGGCAGCUGCAAGAACCGCAGCAACUGGUGCAGCAACAGCCAGAGAAACACUUUCACGAAAACCCUGAGGUGCAGUCCUCUGCAGCAGCACCAGCAGCGCUGGCAGUGCUGCCAGUAGACGAGUUCCUUCUGAGGCGGCGCCGCAGGGAUUCUCUGCUGCAGUUCUCUCGCUCCGCCAACACCUCGCGCUCCGCCAACACCUCGCGCUCCGCCCUCACCUCUCGUGCUGGCCUCAGCUCCACGCGGCCUGCUCCUACCCUCUCUGCCACCACCGGGGGUGCUGCUGCCCCUGCUGGCACUGCUUCUGGAGUGCAUCGCGCUCGUCUGCGGCCUGCUGUGUCCAUCGGCGGUGCGGCACCAGCUGCUGGGGAAGGCUUGCCGCACCCACCAGCAAAUCAUGAAGGCGCACAGGCAGCCGUGGCAGGUGCAGGAGGGAAGAAUGGUGCUGCUGGCAGCAGUAGCGGGCUGGAAGGGAUGGGGGCUGCAGACGAGACAGCUCCCGGCAUGGAGUGGAGUGGAGGCCUGCAGGAGGGUAUUGAGGAGGGGGAGGAGGGGGAAGAGGAGGUGUUGCAGGCGCUGAGGGUGCGGAACCGGCAGGGCGAGUGGGAGGAGAGUGAGGACUUCCGGCCGCAGUGCUUGCAGCAGCCGCAGUGCAUGCCUUCCCUGCAUCUGGCGCGGGAGGGCGGGAGGGCACAGGGAGCCGCUGAUGGAGGGGGGAAGCAGAUGAAGGGCAGCAGGGGGGAGCAAGCAGAGCGACAGACGAAUGAGGACGAUGAUGACUCGGAACCUGAGGAGCAGCUGCUGAAGCACCGUGGUGCUUCCUCUUUCGCCUGCUGCUUCCGGCCGGCUGUGAGGGAUUGACGGCCACCAGCGAAGGCUCUUGGACUGUUAGCCUUGAGCUUCUCACUAAGGGCACACCUCAUCAAUGUACAGCAGGGUAGUAGCUGAUUACGUGACUGUAGAGCCGCUUGGUUGGUACUGGUGAAAUUGCUAUAGGAUGUACGUUUCUGUGAUUAGAGUGUAUUUAAUUAUCAGCAAUGCAAAGAAGAUUAUUGAUUUCU